AUGACUACUGGUGGCAUCGAUGAUCGCUACCUCGACCUUAUCCCAGUGGAUUUGGUUCAUCAGAUCAUGCGUUGCUUCGAAUCGAUGGACGAAACCGAGGACGGCUAA